GACUGGUGCACGUGGGGCCACGUCCCUGCCACGCUCGCAUGCGCCUCGAGGAGCCCAGGGCAGCAGCCAGAUACGUGCAGCCAUGUGAUGCCGGAGGAGUGUGGCGAUGAUAUGGAAUGUGGGCAGCUGCCUUCGGACACGCUCCGACAGGUGACGGUCCUGCGCCAUCCCCGCUACGGAUUCGGCUUUGUGGCCGGCAGUGAGAGGCCCGUGGUGGUGCGCUCAGUGGCAGCAGGUGGCCCUUCUGAGGACAAACUGCUGCCGGGAGACCAGAUUUUGGCCAUCAACAAUGAGGACGUGAGCGAAGCCCCCAGAGAGAGGUUCAUUGAGCUCGUCAGGAAGGCCAAAGACUUCAUCAUCCUCACGGUCCUGCACACACACCAGUCCCCCAAAUCCGCUUUCAUCAGCGCAGCCAAGAAAGCAAAGCUGAGGUCCAACCCAGCAAAGGUCCGCUUUUCAGAGCAGGUGACGGUCGGCGAGACGAACCCAGACAUGUUGAAGAAGGAAGCUCUCCUCCUCAUUCCCAAUGUGCUGAAAGUUUUCCUGGAGAACGGGCAGAUCAAGUCCUUCACAUUCGAUGGCCGAACCACCGUGAAGGACGUGAUGGUGACGUUGCAGGACCGCCUGUCCCUGAGGCACAUCGAGCACUUUGCCUUGGUCCUGGAGUACUCGAGCCCAGAGCAGAACCAUCGCUUCCUCCUGCUCCAGGACAAGCAGCCCUUGGCCCACGUUGUGCAGAGGACGCACUACCACGGCAUGAGGUGCCUCUUCCGUGUCAGCUUCUUCCCCAAAGACCCUGUGGAACUGCUGCGCAGGGAUCCGGCAGCCUUCGAGUACCUCUACAUUCAGAGCCGCAACGACGUGAUCAGAGAGCGCUUUGGCAUGGACCCCAAGCCAGAGAUGCUGCUGGGGCUGGCUGCCCUCCACAUCUACAUCACCGUGGCGGCCACGCGGCCCAGCCAGAAGGUCUCCCUCAAGAACGUGGAGAAGGAGUGGGGUCUGGAGCCCUUCCUGCCUCCCUCCCUGCUGCAGCUUGUCAAGGAGAAGAGCCUCCGCAAAUCGCUCUCCCAGCAGCUCAAAGCCCACCAGAACCAGCCUGGAGGCACCAAGGUCUCCACUGCCCAGGCAAAGCUGCAGUACCUGAGGAUCCUGAACGAGCUGCCCACCUUCGCCGGGGUUCUCUUCAGCACCGUGGGACUGGACGAGAAGCAGCCAGCCACCACGCUGCUGGUGGGUCCCCGGCACGGCAUCAGCCACGUCAUCGACCUGAAGACCAACCUCACCACCGUGCUGUCAGAGUUCAGCAAGGUCAGCAAGAUCCAGCUGUUCCGAGAGAACCAGGGGGUGGCCCGGGUGGAGACCAGCAUCCUGGAUGCCAAGCCGCUGGUGCUGCUGAUGGAGUGGCCCGAAGCCACCAACUUCGCCUGCCUGAUCGCAGGUUACUGCCGUCUCCUGGUGGACUCCAAGAAGAUGAUAUUCUCCAGGCCGCCCAGCCAGCCCCCACCACCUCAGAUUAUCAAGGCAGAUUACAUGGACUCACACCACCUCCCCCGGCCCGCGGCGGCGGGGCACGCUGGAAAGAAGGAGGGCGGGUUCGUGGGGGGCCAUACCGACAGCCCCCCCCCCGGCAGGCCUCGGGCGGCCCGCGCCUCGGACCCGGAGCUCGUCAGCUUUUGCUACCUGCACAUGCGAGAGCAGAGGAAGGAGAGAGAGAGCAGGACGGAUAUCAAUGAAAACCUGAUUUUUUUCGAGGAAACCCGUCCCAGGACCAAAUCCGACCCCACGUCCAAGAGCUCCGGCCAAGGCUACGAUGGGGUGGCCAACGAGCGCGACCCCGACGGCCCGGAGCGCGAGCGGCACGCCAGCCGUGCCCGCGCACACACCAUCGACACGCACCCGCGGGGCGACGCUGCCCACUUCUACUGCGCGUCCUGCAAGGCCAAGCUCAGGAGCCGGCUGGCCUCGCGCAAAGCCGGCGGCACCCGCGACAACAUGGUGGACCUGAUGUCCCUCCCCCCUCCCGGUAGUGAUGAGGAAGAGGACGAGGCCACGGCUCUGCUCCCCGCCAUCGCCGCCCCGCCGCCCGGCUUCCGGGACAACAGCUCGGAUGAGGACGACCCCAAACGCCGGGCGGCCGCGCAGGGCCAGGAGCAGAGCCGGCACCUGUGCAGCAUCCUGUACGACGAGAUCCCCGUCACGCUGAUAGACAGCGUGCAGACGCGGACGGUGCGGGACCAUGCCCAGGAGCUGGACGAUGCCCUGGUGUCCACCCUGCAGGCGCUGGAAGCUCUGGCUGCUUCUGAGGACUGCCCGCAUCCCCCGCCGCAGCAGACAGCAGGUCUUAUCGUCCUGGCUGCCAUCACACCUGAGUCAUCCUUGGAUUCUGGCCAUGAGACCAACUCCUCAGAGCUCACCGAUGUCUCAGAGAUGGUCUCUGCUAUGAAGCAGCACCAGAACGCAGCCUACUUCCUCGCUCAGCACAUCAACAAAGAGAACCUCCUGGCCAGAAAGGACUUGCCUUUCCGAAUCCAGAGCUGUGCUGCCCAGGCUGUCCUCACCUCACCAUAUGCCCUCACCCGCCAGGAGACAAGCUCUUCAGCGAAGCCAGCUUUUUCUCACCCAAAUCCCAGCCUUACCAACUGCAAGAGCAAACAGGAGCAGCAGAGUGUUGAGCAGAGUUACACCGUGGCUGCCCAGCCAGUGCUCACCUCCCAGCGUAGCGAGCAGAACAGAGGGGCUCCGGUGCCAAGCUCUGAAUGUAAAGGUACAGGCCACACAAAAGCUGCCUUUGAGGGACCUCUGCAUACCACAGCUGCACCAAACAGAGAGCAGUCACAGGAUCUACAAGAGAAGAUGCCCAAAGAGGUUCUGCCGAGCCCCAAACUCCUCCUGGAUCAGAAAAGUGGUGUGACUCCAGCCAUUAUUUCAGCUGCUCUGCAGCAAGUGGCAAAUGCUAAAGGCUCAGCCCCUCAAGUGGGAGCAGCAUCAAAAGAAGACAAGACAGUGAAUGGGACCGGUGGCUGUGUGUCAGCCAGCAACAAGCCUUCAAAACUUAAAGGAGGUCAGCUAACUGCAGAGCCAUUGUGCCACUGUCAGCAGCAACAGCAACUCUCUCAACAGCAGUACAGUGAAGCUUCUCCGAGUCCUAUAGAAGCUCAUAGCAGUAAGGCUGAAGCUUUGCAUCCCACCUCAGGAGGUGAAGAAACGAUGCCUGGUAAGACUUUUGCCUCUAAAAGCUUCCAGCAAAAGGUGAGUAGAGAUACCCAGGGAAAAGCAGCGAGCGGAGAGCCUGGUCAGAAGGCAGGGGGGGAAGCCAUGAAUCUUGUAUUUCAAAAACACGUGGCUCCUUCAAACCAAGGAGAGAAAAUGCAACAGGAGAGUUCAGCCAAAAGCUUAAAAGCCGAGAGCAGCAACCCGCACUCUGCAUCACCUGCUGGCAUUUUCAGGAGCACCAGUGAGGAUUCCAAGGGGCCAAUCCAGCUGGUGCCCAGGUCUGAGAGCCUGCAGAUCAGCACUGUGCCUUCCAAAAAAGUAGACAAGAUCCUGGAGGUCACCCAGGCAGAUGUUGACGUCCCAGCUAAACCCAAAGCUCCAAAAGCUCCCUUCAGGUUGAGGAACCUGUUUUCUGCUACAUUUCCUACCCGGCUGAAGAAGGAGACGGACGAGCGGCAGGCCCAGCUGCAGAAAGUGAAGCAGUAUGAACUGGAGUUCCUGGAAGAGCUGCUCAAGCCAAAGAGCAAAGGUGACCUCCCGCCACAGGAGUACCUGCACCCUCCUGCCCCCGGGCGCUGCAGCUGCCAGCUAAGGAGCAGUCCUGUGCAAAAAGUCCCAGGGAUGUCCAGGGAGCAAAGGCGCAGCUGUGACUGCAAGCGGAUUUGCAGGGGGGUGAGGCCACCCCCCAGCCAGCUGGUGAUGCCAGAACUGGAGAGGCACGGCAGGGAUAAGGUCACUGAUGACCAGCAGCAAGCAGAAGCCAUUAGGUUGACAAGCAUGAGCAGCCCUCCCAAAGGCAAGAGGAUACGAUCGACGAGCUUAGAGUCCAGGGACUACCGGUCAGAUCCAGAAAACGAUGUGUCCUGUUUGACAACGUGUGCCUCCCGAGGGGAAUGCAUGGGAGCUCCGCAGUACAAGAAGCUCUUGCGUCGCUACAGUGUCAGUGAAUUAGAUAAGACUGAUAGGACAUCCCUGUCCUCUGACAUCUACCAGAACAUCUACCCGGCCAAGCAGAAAGGCCUUCAGAAGGAGUCUGAGCCCAGCAUCCUUUGUCCUGUUCUAAAGAGCAAAAUCCAGGAAGCCGCUGGGGUGGCUGAUCCGUCCUAUGUCCAAAUAGCACAGGAGAAAAAGAACCAGAAAGGUUCAGCGGUGUUCUCUGUCCAGGAGGAGCUGUAUCCAAGUCCUGCGGAGCUGCGGGAUGAAGACGUGGAGGAUGAGAAGUGCUGCUCCAUCCGGUACUGCUUCUACUACAGGAAAUGUGAUGUUGCGGAUGACGGGAGCGAGAAGGAUGAGCUGUCCUAUUCCAUCCCCAUGCAGAUACUGCCGGGAAUGAAGCUGGACAAGCAGAUGGUCCCGGUGAUGAGCAGGACGCUUCAGGUCCUCGAUGCAACAGCCUGCAGCAGUCCCAACGACGGUCAAACCCAGGAAAUAGAUUUAAGGACCUCCACUUUUGAGGGGAGCUUGGCAAAGAUCAACAUCCUUCGAGGCCACGUCUACAGCUUGCCCAAUGGGUUUCUGCAAGUGCAGCUGGACACCAACGAGCUCCUGACCAUCCUGCGGCAGUGCGUGGUGAGCCCCGACGUCCGGGACUGCAAACUCUACAUCUCCCAGCUGGCUGAGUACAAGCAAGAGCUCGCCCUCAAAUUCAAGGAGUUCCGGGCGUCCUGCCGCCGCGUGGCGGCCGUUGACAAAAGCCCUGCCCACAUGCUGUCCGCCAUCACGAGCAGCUUCCAGGUGCUAAGCAGCCUCAUCGAGACGUUCGUGAGGUUGGUGUACAUCGUGCGCUCGGAGUCCCAGCGCCAAGAGCUGCUGACGAAGGUGGAGGAAGUGGUGAGAAAUUACACCUUCCUCCUGCGGGCGGCGGAGGAAUCCACGGCCAGAAUGUUGAGCCACCAGCAGACGGUGGAGCAGCUCGCCCGCCAGUCCGCCACGGUUGCCACUGUUAUGAGCACGCUCACACGCUCCCUAAAGACGCUGAUCAAUAAGUAA